ACGAUGGAUGAAGAAUUAAAAUGCCCCAUUUGUGGCUCUCUUUUCAAGGACCCACUUAUUUUACCCUGCUCACAUAAUGUUUGUUCAGCUUGCGCCCGAAACAUCAUCGUACAGACCCCAGAAGGCGAGACACCUCCGCAAAGCCGGGCAUCGGGGAACUCGGACUAUGAUUAUUUGGAUAUGGAUAAGAUGAGCAUGUAUAGCGAAACGGAUAGUGGCUACGGGUCGUACACGCCGUGCCUCAAAUCGCCUAACGGUAUACGGGUGUUUCCACCAACGCUUGUGCACCGUCACUGUUCUAUCACCUGUCCGCUUUGCCACCGUAGCGUCUCCCUGGACGAGCGGGGGUUGAGAGGCUUCCCACGGAACCGGCUGCUGGAGGCGAUCGUGGCUCGCUACCAACAGAACCGCGCUGCCGCUGUCAAAUGCCAGUUGUGCGACCGCAACCCUGUAGAUGCCACAGUGAUGUGCGAGCAGUGCGAUGUUUUCUACUGCACACCGUGCCAACAGAGGUGCCAUCCUUCCCGCGGACCCCUGGCCAAGCAUCGUCUAGUCCCACCGACUCAGCCGCCACCCGCUGCCCAGCAGCAGCCCACCGCCACGGCGCGUAAAACGGCAACAUGUGCGGAACACGACGCGGAAAACUACACUAUGUAUUGCACCAACUGCAAGAUUCCAGUUUGUCACCACUGUUUGGAGGAUGGCAAGCAUGGCAAGCACGACGUGAAACCUCUGCCCACCAUGUGGAAACACCACAAGGGUCAACUCUCUCAGGCUUUAAACGGAGUGUCAGACAAAGCCAAGGAUGCGAAGGAGUUUCUGGUUCAGCUGAAGAACAUGCUGCAGCAAAUUCAGGAGAGUGGCGUGGAGUUUGAGGCCUGUCUGGUGGCACAAUGUGACUCCCUGAUCGAGGCCCUGACGCGGCAGAAAGCCAAGCUCCUCACCAAGGUCACCAAGGAGCGCGAGUACAAGCUGAAGGUGGUGCGUGAUCAGAUCACCCACUGCACUAUGAAGCUGCGCCAGACCACGGGCAUGAUGGAGUUCUGCUUGGAGGUCAUCAAAGAGAACGAUCCCAACGGCUUCCUCCUGAUCUCCGAUGCUCUGAUCAAGCGCGUGAACUCGUCCCAGGACCAGUGGGUGAAGGGAGCGCUGGAGCCCAAAGUGGGCCCGGAGUACGACCUGACCCUCAACACCGACCCCUUACUGCAGUCCAUCCUCCAGCUGGACUUCGCUCAGAGCAAAGCACAGACCCCCACUGUGCCGCCGGCCCCCCUGCUGCAGCUGGAGAAGUGCUGCACCAGAAACAACAGCGCCACCCUGGCCUGGAGGAUAACUGCGGUCCCGCUGGUCACAGUCGACGGCUACGUGUUGGAGCUGGAUGAUGGGAACGGGGGCCAGUACAGGGAAGUGUAUGUGGGAAAGGAGACUGUGUGCACCGUGGAUGGUCUUCACUUCAACAGCUCCUAUAACGCCAGAGUCAAGGCCUACAACUCCGUGGGGGCCGGACCCUAUAGCCAAACUGUCAUUCUGAAGACUUCUGACGUGGCGUGGUUCACAUUUGAUCCAACGUCGGCGCACCGGGACAUCGUGCUGACCAACGACAACCAGACGGUGAGCUGCAACAGCUACGACGACCGCGUGGUGCUCGGAACGGCCGCCUUCUCCAAGGGCGUGCACUACUGGGAGCUCUGCAUCGACCGCUACGACAACCACCCGGAUCCGGCGUUCGGCGUGGCCCGGAUCAACACCGUGAAGGACAUGAUGCUCGGCAAGGACGACAAGGCCUGGGCCAUGUAUGUGGACAACAACCGCUCCUGGUUCAUGCACAACAACUCACACACCAACAGGGCUGAGGGAGGCAUUACCAAGGGCUCCAAGGUAGGCAUACUUCUGGACCUGAACAAGCACUCCCUCACCUUUUACAUUAACAAAGAGCAGCACGGGCCUGUGGCCUUUGAGAACCUGGAGGGUGUCUUCAUGCCUGCUGUCAGCCUCAACCGGAAUGUCCAGGUGACCCUUAUUACAGGCUUGGAGGUGCCAAAGAAUAUCAAACAGUGAACCUCCAACGUGUUCAGAUCAAUUUUAACCUAAAACACUGUAACUACAAACGUCAACAUCUAAUGCUGUUGGAUGUCUGCCUGCCGUCAACUAUCCAUGUUCCCUUUAGCGAUACUACAGAAAUACUUUCAUGAAAAUCUCCUGAUGUAAUUUUAAUUUCCCCCUAUUUCCCCUCAUUUUUUAUUAAUCCAGCUGCAUCUUGGAACGGUACGUACAAUCCAGGGCUGAGUUUACAACUGCAUCUUGCCACAGGGUGCCAUAAAAUAGGUGAACCGCUAAUACUGGAUCCCAUUUGAGCACAGACUCUUAGAAAGUGAGUCAUGAAGUGCCCCAAGCGCCAUUUACUCGACUACUCUAAAACUCAGGUUUGCUUUUAUUAUUACACUGAUACAUGUAAGUAUACAAUAUGUCUCCCUUUUUACUGAUGAUAGGGGAAAUGUUGGAGUUGUGUUUUCUUUUAGAAGGUUUGUGAGUCAGCUUCAGGCUGGUCACUCAUUUGCACAAGGUCAUUGCCCUAUAAAUCUACUGUGCCAGUCAGUCAGGAUAUUUUGUCGUUCAAAUGGAAACAAACAAAGACUUACCGAACUAUAAUCUUCAUUUCUUUCCCCAAAGGCGGUCAUAUUUGUCAGGACAGAUGUGAAGCUGCUUAAUAUAGGGUGUACAGAAUUAGUUUUUUAUUUCCCAGAAUAUUUAAAACUCACAAGGGAUCUUGCUGCUGCUCAGUGGAUGUUUCCUUGCUACUGGUAUUAGCCAUUCUGCCAGCCGUCCAGCAAUCUGUUUGCCAGCAUUUAGACUAAAACGUCCCGUUCACUGUGACUGAGUGUGUAGUUCAACUAAUAGAGGUGUAACAUUCCAGCUGGGGUUUGGUUGAGGUGAUUUCAGACAAUGGAUCUGCCUUAACCCUUGUUGUAUUUAACCCUUAACUGAAUGUUCCUUUGUCACGUGCAUUUGAUUUGAUAUAUUUAUUUAUUUAUUUAUUUAUUUUCUGUGUGAAUUGCUGUGUGGGUAUGCUGCUCCAUGUUAUUACGAGAGAGAGCCAUAGAGUCAGCAUUGUAAAGCUGAGCAACUUGUGUCUGCAUGCCAUUUUGCUGUAAAUAUCGACAUUAGCGAUCAAGACUGGUGCCACGCAUGAUGUUCUAAGGACUCAAAGUAAAAAGAGGACUAAUACUUUUGUAAAUAGUGUAGUGAUGUUACAGACAAGGACCUCACCAAAACAACCAAGUGUGGCAGUUCGCCCCCUGGAGUUUAAAAUAAGAACAACAACCUUCCCUUGGUACACCCAGAAGGUGAGGGCCAAUUGAUAAUAAUGAUGAUGGAUUCACUAUUUAAUAACUACCUGUGCAAUACAAAGUCAGUAUGUCAUGGAUUUGCAAUUCACAUGGAGUACACAAAUGUAGGUCAAAUACAUGUAAGGCAGAAUGAUGGGGUUGGUCAUUCUUCUGUGGAUUAAUUUAUUGAUACCACUAGCAUUUUAACGUACAGGUUGUAGUUGCCUGUAUUCUAAUUAAGACAGAUGCAGGUAUAAUUUUAAGGCAAUUAUUAAUUUUAUUUACCAUUCUGAGAUACAUUACUAUAUUUUUUUGUAAAUAAUUUGUUUUGGGAGUUUACUUCACUCCCAUCAAGAGGAAUUAUUAUCAGAUUAACAAAAUUACUGUUAAACCAUUAUUGUUCUUUGAUAUUUAUUAUUAUAUUAUUCAGUCAAGAGAGUAUGCUGGAGAGAAAAGAAAAUAUUAUAUCUAUUGUUUGUGUUGUCAGUAAUCCAAAGUGAAGUGGGAUUUGUGAGGAUUAAGCAUGCCAAAGUUGCUCUUGUGCUUACAAGCCAUGGAGUCAUUUUGCAGUGGAGAGGGCAAGGCUAUAGUGUUCUUUUUUUAAGUGACCGUCUCCGCUGUCUCCUCGCAAGCUGGCUAGUAUGGUGGUGCUAAAUACAAGCUUUCCCUAAAAUGCCACCUGUCCAUAUUUUCAAUGACUGACAGCUGUAUUUUUUUUGUGCUGAGCGGUUGUACAUUUUUCUAUUUGUUAUAAUCUUCAAAUGAUUGGGUAAUGGAAGUGUGUGUGUGUGUGUGUGUGUGUGUGUGUGUGUG